AUGGGCCCCUGUACCGCCUCCUCUUGCUGCUGCCAGGCCCGUAAUCUGCCAUGGGCCCCCGUACCGACUCCUCAUGCUGCUGCCAGGCCCGUAAUCUGCCAUGGGCCCCCGUACCGCCUCCUCAUGCUGCUGCCAGGCCCGUAAUCUGUCAUGGGCCCCUGUACCGCCUCCUCAUGCUGCUGCCAGGUCCAGAGUGUGUCAUGGGUCCCUGUACGGCCUCCCAUUGCUGCUGUCUCCAUCGCCACACUCUGCCAUGUGCCACUUUCAGGUCUCCUCACACUGCUGGUGGGUUCCAUAUUGUCAUAGGGUGCUGGCAGAUUACGGGCCUCCCAUUGCUGCUGCCAGGCCUGUAAUCUGCCAUGGGCCCCCGUACCGACUCCUCAUGCUGCUGCCA